GUCUCAUAGCGCGGGCUGCCGAUCUUGAACAGCAAUCAAAGCCUUGGCUUAUGUAAGAAGGGAGCAUUCAAAACCAAAUAGGACCUGUCCUGCACUCCCCACAAUUCAGGACAAGAGCACGCCUAAGACCUGGUGCCUGCAGGCAGGGGUUUCUCUGGACUGUGGUCAGGGGCAUUGCUCAGCAGAGGUUGCUGUGUCUUGCUCCCUGUAUGGCUAAACUAAGGCACUAAUUGAAGGGGUUGGCAAGAGAGCAGCGGGGGUGGGCAGGGGAUGGGUGAGGGAUUGGCUGCUGGAGAACUUUUGGACUGCGGAAUAUCGUGAUGCGUUGGUAGCUCUGCCUGCCAAAAGCACUCAAAGAACUCCAAGAUGGGAGGCAAGCUGAGCAAGAAGAAGAAGGGCUACAAUGUGAACGACGAGAAAGCCAAGGACAAGGACAAGAAGGCUGAAGGCGCGGGCACCGAGGAGGAGGGGACCCCGAAGGAGAGCGAGCCCCAGGCGGCCGCCGACGCCGCCGAGGUCAAAGAGAGCGCGGAGGAGAAGCCCAAGGACGCGGCCGCGGACGGCGAGGCCAAGGCGGAGGAGAAGGAGAGCGACAAGGCGGCGGCCAAGGAGGAGGCGCCCAAGGCCGAGCCCGAGAAGAGCGAGGGCGCCGCGGAGGAGCAGCCCGAGCCCGCGCCGGCGCCCGAGCAGGAGGCGGCCGCGCCCGGGCCCGCUGCGGGCGGCGAGGUCCCCAAGGCCGGCGGCGACACCACCACGGGCGCCGAGAGCACGGGCGCGCCCGACGGCGGCGCGGCCAAGGAGGAGGGCGAGGCCAAAAAGACUGAGGCUCCCGCCGGCCCCGAGACGAAAAGCGACGCGGCCCCGGCUUCAGACUCUAAACCUAGCAGCGCCGCCGAGCCCGCGCCCUCGUCCAAGGAGACGCCCGCCGCGGCGGCGUCCGAGGCGCCCAGUUCCGCGGCCAAGGCCCCCGCGCCCGCCGCGCCCCCCGCCACCGCCACCGAGCCGCAGGCCGAGCCUGUGCCAGCCGCCAGCUCCGAGCAAAGCGUGGCCGUCAAAGAGUAACCCGGGACAGCCUAGGCAGCAGCAGAAGCGACCGCCACUUGCAAAACGACCUGUCUCACGCUCUCUCUCUGUCUCUCACUCUGUCCUCUCUCUGUCUCUCUCUCUCUUUCUCUCCUAUACUAACUUG